UAUUUACUGUUAUAUUUUUUUAAAAUUGUUUUGUCUGAUUUUUUAGAGAUUUUCACAUAUUUUGGAAUUUCCUUAUUUUCUGGGUUCAUCAAGUUUAUCAGGAAGGUCUGUUUUUUCUUGCUAAAUCUACUUUAUUAUUAUUAUUCUUUUUUUUUAAAAUAUAAUUCUGGGCUUUAGCCGUUGAGAUUUAAAAUUUGAGAAUUUCAGAUAUGUAUAAGAAAGAUAAUCUUGUUGGUUCAUUUCAGAAUCUGGGUUUUCAUCAAAAGUUUUGUAUAAAUUAAAAUCCUUUUUAUUUUCAUUUUUACAAAGAUAAAAAUGAAAUGUUCAUGAGUGUCACUAUGUAGAUUGAGUCAUGGUUUAGUUUGUAGUGAAUGAUCCACUUAAGAUCCUCUUACUAUUAUUAGAAUUUUCUUAUUUUUACUAAUAUAUUUUUUUAUCUUAAUUUUUUUUAUUAAGAAUUAAUCAUGGGUUUUUGAAUUAAUCAAAAAAAUUCAAGCUUAGUUAAUUUUAUGUACAUUAUAGAUAUGUAAUUAUUAUAUAGGUUUCGAAAUCGAGGAGGUAAUAGAUAGAAGAAGGAAUUAAGAAAUGAUUCAAGAAGAUCAAAAUCAAAUGUGUAGUACCAAUAAUUGUGGUGAUAGACCAUCAUCAUCAUCAAAAAAGUUGAAGCAAAAAAGAGUACCACAAAGAGGUUUAGGAGUGGCUCAACUUGAGAAAAUUAGGAUGGAAGAACAACAAAAGAAAGAUGGCAACAAUUUUUCAUCUUCUUCCCAAAUUUCUCCAACAAAUUCGCCGUCACAUCAUGGUAUUCCCUUACCCAAUUUCGCGAUUACUACUAACCAAAACCCAUCUAAAUCUUGUGUACCCCCUUAUAGUCCUCCAUCUCCUCCUCCAAUCCCAAUGAGUUUGUCGCCUCCAAAUCCGGUUUUUAGGGCUUGUUCAUUGCCCAAUACCGAGAAUUUUCACUUAGGUCCGGUCCCUUUUUUGAGUCCUACCAAUGGUGAUGGUUUCCAAGUUGGAUGGCCUUCAAUCCCGGUCCAUGGAAAUUUUAAUUUUCCUAAGUUGUGGCAUGCAAACCCUCAUGAAUUUAGUCAUGAUCAUAUAGGGGAGAACGCGAUUUUUCCUCCUAGUUUGAGUUUACCUUUUGAAGAUUGUAGUGUUGCUCCUUUGUCUGAUGUGCUACCAAGGAGUACACUACAACAUCAACCACCUUCUUCAUUGGUGAAUGGCUUGUCUUCACCAUCCGUGCUCAACUUUCCAAUGGAGCCCCCUUCAAACCAAAGCUUUUACGCGAAUUACCCACCAUUGUGCCCCGAUGAGGAAAAGAUGAUGAUUGGUAUGAAGAGGUCAUGUCCCUUCCCUCUAGACAGCCCUCCAAUACCGACAUUUCACAGCAAAUUCGCUCCUGUUAUCACUCAUCCCCUCAGCCGAUCAAAUGAAUCAACAUCAAAUGGAAAUGGAGGAACGACGACAUACAACUUGGGUUAUUCUAGCAACCCAAUUUUCAGUAGAGACAUACCUUCAUGCCCCAUUACAAUGCCUGCUGAGCCAGCAAACGCAAGAAAGAUCAAUAUAUCAGAAAAUGGUAAUUCUCAUACAGGAGAAUUUCUUAGCUUGGCACCUACAACACUUACUUCAUCUUUUCCUAAUUCGAGAUUAAAGCAAUUUUGCAAAUAUGAUACUUUACGUUACCAAGUAAGUAUUGAAGACACAGUUAUGGAUUCAAGACAAGCCGGUCCGAGCCAGCAGCCUAAUUUGUUGAGCUUCUUUCCCUCAACAAAGUUGGAAGCAACAACAUUGCCGUUGUCACCACCAGCUAGUCUUAGUAGUUGUAAUACUGAAGUAGGAGAAAGUAUUGAUCUAAACUUGAGGUUGUAACGAACCUUUUUUUUUUUUUUUUUUGCUUAGUUCAUUUUUGUUUUGUUUUGUUUUAAUUAGCAACAAGGACAUUUUAUUUUUCUCCUUAUUUCUUUUCUAUGCUCCUUGUCAUUCAUCAUUAGAUAAUGCAUGGAUUUGCGUAUGUAUGAGAUGAAGAGGGUAUAAAUUUCAAGAGACCUUUAAGAUAACGCCCUAGGUAGGUUUAGGUUUAGUUUUCUAUUAAUGAUGUUUUGUUGGUUUUUUGAAACUAAUGAGACAAAGAAUAGGCUUAAUUUUACUUACAACAUUUAUAUUCCCUCUAUCACAAAUAAUCAUACUAUAUGGAUUUUUAAUUAGGAUGUUAAAAAAAAAAAACAUAGUUUGUCAUUAAAAUGAAAACUAUUCCUGCUCAACUCAUAUAUUGCAAAGUGGGCUCCUCCACACUAUUUACCUAACC